AUGGCUACACGCGUGGCACAACUCGUGUCUGGCAACCUGAAGAGAAAGAACCGCUACAACAUGCUUUUGCUAGGCAAAAAGAGCAUUGGCAAAACGGUGCUGCUGCACGAGCUGUGCCGAGUCUGCCCAGCGGUGCUGGGUGAGCGCUUGGACAGGCGCCUGAAAGUUCUGAUGUUGAAUGUCGGCGAUCUUCCUGAGAAGGCAGGCGUCGAGAACGGACUUUUCUAUCUUCUUGCCAAGCCUCUUGGCUGCCCUCUGGAGGAUGGUGUUUGGGCCGACAGCACGAGUGACGAGAUGGCAGAGCUGCUCGAGAAUCACCUGAAGCAGAGAAAAGAGGUGUUGGCGCUAUUUCUAGACGAGCUGCAGGACGUGUACACCGAGAAAUUUUCUGACAAAGCAUCGAGGCGCUUUUUAGCUGAUCUCACCUGUCUCGUGGGGCGUGACGAGGGCUGUUUCUAUGUGGUCGCGACCGGCAGCAGCCGAUACCUGCGCGCACUGGCGUUCUGUCAAAUGGAUGUCCGCCAGGCUCAGGACCAAGGGUUUAAACGCUACAAACAGGCAUUCAACCUCAACUCACACAAGAUACAACCACAGUGGAUGCAACCCAUCCUGGAUGCAAGCGACUUUUUGACGUUCAUGACCAGACACAAUCCUUUGACCAGCGUUCUGUCUACCUACGUGAGCUCGUCAGGCCUCCCCGGUCUCAUGGCGUCCGCAAUGGACGACGCAAGCGCUGGCGAGUUGGCCUACAAUGCUGGCGCCAAGGAUGAGGCAAAAUGCGACGAGCUGGUGCGCCUGUCAAAUGUUGUCUGUGCUGAUGCCACCUUUUAUGUCAGUGACAACUUGGAUUCUGGUAGCAACAGCGACGGCGGGGAUUGCGACGGCAACCUGGACACAGCUGUUUUGGUUGAAGGCAGGCGAGCUGUCCAGGCUCUUGCAGGGGCCUUGCGUUUUAUGCCACUUCAACUUUUGUAUGGCCGUGAAUCCUAUGUUCUGGAGCGCUGGUACACCCUGGCUGACCGCGGUCUUAUCCGAAUGCAAUAUUCACCAACCAACCGCUUGAUGGUCGCUUUUGGAUCUUACCAGGUCUAUCAUGAUGUGUGUGCGGCAAGAGACGGACCCUCGGUGUCGGCAGCAGAGGUCGGCCAUCUCCUGGCUCGCAACGAGAAUGCAGAAGCCAUUGCGCUGCGUAUCCUGGGAAUGCGCGCCAAAACCUGGCUUGGCUUUGAUGUGCUCAACGAAAACGCUGAUGUGCACCCACUGCCAAAGCGCGCCUUGGUGGACGAGCUCAAUGGUAUCUUGUUCAAGGACAGUGCAAUCAAGGGCAAAGACAGCUACGGGUCCGACGGCGUUAUUUUCCAGCGCGAUGGGGACGAUGUCCUGGUGCAUUGCAUGCAGCUGAAGUUGGGAACGCGGGAGCUCAAGCAGGAUGACGCAAUGGCCGUGCUUCGACGCUGGCAAACCACGGCUGUGAGCUCCCCAAACGUGUCCUUCACCAAGGGUGAGCUCCCCAAGGCGUUGGCGGCCACCAAGGGUGUCACCGACCCCUAUGGUUGGUCUGGUGAGCUUCUUGCCUCCAUCUACCGCAUCAAGGAGAACUUCAGUCAAGUCUUGGGCCCACGCCAGGGUUCUACCAGUGACCCGACUGCUCCUUCUGAUGGAGACGCGCCUCAGGGCCCCACCACAGCCACUGGAGGCCCUCAGGUUGCCUUGAACAAGAUCUUUCACCACAUUGCCAACAACACCGUGCCCGAGUCGAGUCGACAUGCCCUUUGCUCCAUCAACUACACUAUCCUGGAGAAGGCCAAUGGCAAGUUUCGACCCGUGGGCACGGAUUCCAUCUUCAACAAGGUUGUCAACCGCGCUCUGCUCGAGCAACAGCAGCCCCAUAUUGCACACUUGCUACAGGCCAGUCCAGAGCUGGCCGUCGGAGUCAAGGACGGCAUUUCAGCAGCGGUUGGCAUGGCCUUUGGUGAGCUUCAAGCCUGUGAGUCUACCCCGGGCUGGACCAUGCUCUCCCUCGAUUUCAAGAGUGCCUUCAACUACACCGACCGAGCACGCCUGCACGAGAUUGUGGCCGACAAGGUCCCUGGCCUCUUGCGCGCCUUCAUCUGCAGCCCAUCUGUCUUGCCAGAUGCCGUGCGCGAGACGGCCAACACGCGCAUGACGGUCUUGGGAACGCCGAUUGGCCGUCGCGAGUGGAUGAAGAAGCAGCUGAACGACAAGGCGAAGCACAUUGCUGGCAAGCUCAAUGACAUGCUGACGACCGGUGUCUCGCUUCAGGCCCUCCUCACGGCCAUGCACCCUCGCUCCUUUGCUCAAGUUGCUGCGGCAAUGCCUGCCGCCGCCACUGCCACAUCUUUGGCCCCUGUGACCGAGGAUUUGUCAGCAUCGGUGCCCUCUGAGCCAAAUGGCAGCGGGGAGCAGCAACCCUCGCCCAAGUCCAUAGGGCAGACACAUCAUUCGAUUCCCAACACACCAUCGGAUUUUUUGACCAUGUCUUCGGAUGAAAGCGACUCCCCUCCUCGCUCCACCGCACUCCGCGCGCCCACCCCUAUCGCCCCUCCCGCGCAUCAUGGUGACGGUGACACAAACGGCAGUGCCACGCCUGAGCCAUUGGUGCAAUCACCUACACCCGCCCAAAUGGUGCUGCCAGAUCCAUCGGGUACACAACAAACCCAUUCCGAUCCCUCUCCGCCCUCUGCUUCACCCCCUGCCACUGCCAUUUUGCCCGCUGCCGUUUCACAUCCUGUCGAACACAGUGAGCAUACAAACUCAGCCCCACUUGGCGAAGUCAGUGAGAGUGAAACACACAAUACAGCGGGCGAACACAGUGAGAGUGAGCAAGAUGUUCUUCUCAGCGAUCCCGCUCCGCCCAACGCUGCCAACGUGCUGGAUGCCCAGCGCAAGGUCCUGCUGAAGACAUCUGGCCACAGGCAACUUCUCGCCUGCCCAUUUGGGCUUUGCAAAUGCAAGGGGCCCCGCCUUGACCGCAAAGCCUGGGUCAAUCAUGUUCUACGCGAGCACCCCUACGACGAGCAAGCCACUGAUCUGGUCAAGCAGGUGAUGGAGGCCAAAUUGGUCGCCCAGUGCAACAAGUGUCACCUCUUCUUCGAAGCUACUGGUAUCAGUCAACACCGCUCCCGAUGUGGUGCCAAUCUGAAGCGAGCGACCGAGGCGUUGUUUCAUGCGGCUGGACACGACCUGCUUGAGAUUAUGCGUGGCGCUUGGCCCCAACAGUGUGUAGGGUCUCGCAUCAGUGUCUGCGAGCUGCUCAAGCUCGCCCGGCAUCCACUGAUGCAGCGCAGCCGCUACCCAUCCAACGCCACCGAGACCAAGCUGAUGGCUGCCACCUUGAGCCAGCUGUAUUGGUCUGCCGUCCACUCGGACUAUACCGCUGAAGAGCGAGAGAUGUGCUGGGCUUUGAUUUUGGCCUUGCCUAGCAUGUUGUUGUCUGCCCCCUCGACCGCACUGUCUACGAUUGACCUGCGCAAUAUGUUUCACGAUCGUCUCCGUUGGCUUGUGACGGGGCAACUAGGUCGGGUCGUGGACGCCAUGCGCAAGGCGCCACUUUGGCGGUGUCUGCCUGCGCUCGUCGUAGUUUUGUACGAUUUUUGUUUCUAUGUGCGUGAUUCUUCGCGCUUGUACCUCUUGGCAUGA